CGUCGCGCCCGGGUGACGCGUGGCGUGGACGGCAACGGGCUGCGCCUGUCAGCGGCUUCCCCGCUGGUAGCCGAGGCGGAGUCGGCGCCAUGGCGGUUCUGCUGGAGACCACUCUGGGCGACGUCGUCAUCGACCUGUACACGGAGGAGCGGCCGCGCGCUUGCUUGAAUUUCCUGAAGUUGUGCAAAAUAAAAUAUUAUAAUUACUGCCUUAUUCACAAUGUGCAGAGGGAUUUUAUCAUACAAACUGGUGAUCCUACGGGCACUGGUCGUGGAGGAGAGUCUAUUUUUGGUCAGCUGUAUGGUGAUCAAGCAAGCUUUUUUGAAGCAGAGAAAGUCCCAAGAAUUAAACACAAGAAGAAAGGCACGGUGUCCAUGGUGAACAAUGGCAGUGAUCAGCAUGGAUCCCAGUUUCUUAUUACUACAGGAGAGAAUCUGGAUUAUCUGGAUGGUGUGCACACAGUGUUUGGCGAGGUGACCGAAGGCAUGGACAUAGUUAAGAAAAUUAAUGAGACCUUUGUCGACAAGGACUUUGUGCCAUAUCAGGAUAUCAGGAUAAAUCACACAGUGAUUUUAGAUGACCCAUUUGAUGACCCUCCUGAUUUAUUAAUUCCUGACCGAUCCCCAGAACCCACAAGAGAACAAUUAGAUAGUGGUCGAAUAGGAGCGGAUGAGGAAAUUGAUGAUUUUAAAGGAAGAUCAGCUGAAGAAGUUGAAGAAAUAAAGGCAGAAAAAGAGGCCAAAACUCAAGCGAUUCUUCUAGAGAUGGUGGGAGACCUACCUGAUGCAGAUAUUAAACCUCCAGAAAAUGUGCUGUUUGUUUGUAAAUUGAAUCCAGUGACCACAGAUGAGGAUCUGGAAAUAAUAUUCUCAAGAUUUGGGCCAAUAAGAAGUUGUGAAGUUAUCCGGGAUUGGAAGACAGGAGAGUCCCUCUGUUAUGCGUUUAUUGAAUUUGAAAAGGAAGAAGAUUGUGAGAAAGCUUUCUUCAAAAUGGACAAUGUGCUUAUAGAUGACAGAAGAAUACAUGUGGAUUUCAGCCAGUCGGUUGCGAAGGUGAAGUGGAAAGGAAAGGGUGGGAAAUACACUAAGAGUGACUUCAAGGAGUAUGAAAAGGAACAGGAUAAAUCCUCCAACUUGGUGCUGAAAGAUAAAGUAAAGCCCAAACAGGAUGCAAAAUAUGACCUCAUACUAGAGGAGGAGGCCGAAGACCCAAAGUCCAGUCAUUCGCACACAAGUAAGAAACACAAGAAGAAAACUCGGCACUGCUCAGAAGAAAAGGACGACGACGACUACAUGUCAGUCAGAAACACUAACCAGGACAUCUACAGGGAGAUGGGAUUUGGUCACUAUGAAGAAGAAGGAAGCUGUUGGGAGAAGCCGAAGUGUGAUAAGAGAGACCGGGCUCAGCACCGCAGUCGGAGCCGAUCGCGAGAGCGUGAUGGCCACUACGGAAACAGGCACAAGCCCAGGUACCAGACUGAUUCCUGCGAGAGAGAAAGGAGCAAGAAGAGAGACCGAAGCAGAAGUCCCAAGAAAUCUAAAGAAAAGUCCAAGUACAGGUGAAAGAUGAAGGAUCAGAAAUGAAUGUAGAAAAAGUACCGUGAAAGCAGAUGUGCGGAUUGUGUGUCAAAGCAGGUGAAGACUCCGCUGGUUGUUACAGCUCUCUUAGAUGAAGACCGAUUUACUUAGGGCAAUGAAAGGCGAGGAAUUGGACAAUUCCUUUUUUUUUAACAUUAAUUUAAUUGUAUUGCAAUACCUAAAUCGUCCUCUUCAUUAUUUAAAGUCUUUCACAUUUUUAAAGUUAAGUCUCUCGUACUACAGAAAUAUGUAGCCAUGUAUGUAGAGUGUGAAGAAUAAUCAGUGUACAU